AUGCUCCUCAACCCGCUCAGGAAAGAAUGUGAAAUAACGAGGAGUGACUGUGAGGAGUUUAUUCGGGUCGUCAAAAGACACACCAUAGAAUGCAUGUUCGAGGAGUUCUUUCUAAACAAAAAAAACGAGAGGGAGAGCCACGAAAUCACCGCCGACGAUCUGAUAUCCUUGACGUCCAAAAAAACGAACAGAUGCUUCUACGUCCCUGUCGUCGUUUACAUAGGAAAGAGUAACCACAUAGGAAGCUACGAAGAAGGGCUCAUAAACGCAAAGGAAAAAAAAAAAAAAAAGAACAAAUAGAUGAAGAAGUCUGAGCCGAGCAGAAAAGGAAAAAGCACAUCGGGAGGGAAGGGUGCCGCCGCGCACCAGGAGAAGAAAACAAGUGGGCGACCCCCCGCGGAGGAAUCAAAGCAACCCUCCCCACAGGAGCGGAAGGCGCAGGGGCAGAAGCCACAGGAGCAGAAGCAACAGGAGCAGAAGCCACAGGGGCAGAAGACGGACAAGCAAAUAUACUACGACUCCCUAAUGCAGAGGUACCAGGGCUACUACCAAGGCAAAGAAGAAAGCGACUUGAUCGACAUUUACGAUCAGGAGGGGAAAAAAAUGGACCCCAGGGAAGACAGCGGAGGAGAUGCCCCAAAUGCGCCAAAUAUCUCAAAUAUCCCAAAUGCCGCCAAUGCCGCCAGCACCCCAGGAGAGACAACCACGAACGGUGGAGAAGCAAAAGUGGCAACAAAAAUUCAAGCAAGUGUAGAAGACACGAAAAGGAUCACCCUCGAGGAAGUUGUACACAAAUACAAAGGUGACAGGGAGAAAGAAAAAAAAAAAAAAAAAAUUUAAAUGAACUGCGUUUUGCAUAAUUUAAACAUAUUUUUCAAUGACCAUAUUUUAGACGUGGAGCAGGUGAUGGAGGAGUACGGCACUGUGGUACGCAACGUUUGUGAGGUGGCGGAAAGCACCCAAGGGAAUAUCUGCACACAUGCUGUUAUGCCAAUUGAUGCGGAUAAAGCGCAGGAAGGAGUGUUCAAUGGGGACAACACCCUUUCUGGUGAGUUAAUCGAAGGGAAUGAGAAGGCGUCGCUGCCCGGUGAGUUAAUCGAAGGGAAUGAAAAGGCGUCGCUGCCUGGGAAAGCGGAAGCAGUUAUAAGUGAGCCUACAUGUACUAGCCUUCCUCGCUUGAAGAGCAAAAAAAAAUGCGUCCCAAAUGGAGAAGUCGUCACUUCUGGUCAGCCAAGCGAAACAAUGGGGAAGGUGAAAAAAGAGGCCACCAAAGGGGAUGUUAACCCCAAGUGCGCAAAGGGAGAAGGGGAAGCAGCGGGAGAUGGGGGUGCAGAAGGAGAGGAAGAUCUAGGAGAAAACGGCAAAGAAGGCGAAGCGGAGGGGGGAAACACGAACAUAAAAAGAGGCCGUAUGGGAGGGCGUGUGGAAAGGCGCGCCAAACGAAUGCACCCUUUUAAGAGGAGGCCCCCUGGUACACACCACUCCGAAAUUGACGAAGCCGUCGAUGCGCCGUCCCACGUCCAACUUGACAAGCAAGAAACUGCAUCCGACCAUUCCAUAAGUUACGCAAAUUUAAAAUACACCAAGGAAGAAAUAAAGCAAAAAAAUUUCAUCUACUAUUUAACGCAUGAUAUAAACAAAAUUGAAACAUUCAAAAGGAAAUACUUUUACGACUUUUUUUUUAUGUACAUGGUGAGGAAGCUCUUCUGGAAUGUGCUUUCUUUGUAUUACUUGAAAUGGAAGGAGCGGCUCGCGGAGGAUACACCAAUGCAGAGUGGGUCACCCGGUGACGCCUCCCUGCACCAAUCACUGAGCAGCCACUUAAUCAGCCCGCUAAACAGCCAAGGCCUGGAUGAUGCCAACCUAAUCCUGUACGAAAGCGACGUCAGCGUGAACAACGCCAAGAAGGACAAGGCCAUGCUGUACAACACUAACCAGAAGCUGUGCCACAACCUGGAUCCCCUAUUUAAAUUAAUUCGCAGCGAAAAAUUGGUCAUUUACCUUCGAUAUGACCAAAAUAAAAGGGUCAAAUGUAAAAACAAAACGGAGUACCUUUACAGAGAAAUAUGGCAGUACCUUGUUUUAACGAACUUAAGGCAGAAGGCGCAAGCUGGGACAUAUAGCCCUUUCAGCGAGUUCGUCCUCUUUCGCCAGGACUGA